GCUGAAGUAUGAGUUAGAUCAUGUUUCGUUAAUGUCAACGUUAUAUAGAAAACCAAUCACAACAUGUCAAUCUCUCUCUCACCAGAGAAGCUGAGUGUUGAAGAUUAAGUGCAUCAAACAUCAAACAAACAGAAAAAAAAGAAAGAAAAGGAUUCAAAUUUCUUACUUGUUUCUCCUGUUAAGCAUGAAAACAAGCACUACUACAACGUUAUUAGCCAUAGCCACCUCUUACUUGUUUCUUCUGAUAACACCAACACCAAAAUCAACGUUCCACUCUCUCUUCAUAUCCGAUUCCCUCUCAGACAAUGUUUCAAUAUCCAACCACCUUAAAACUCUCACCCGCAGACCCCACUUCGCAGGUUCUGAAGCCAACGCUGAAGCUGCAUCAUAUGUUGUCUCAGUCUUCACCUCCUCAAACAUACCAUCACACAUAGCAUCCUACGAGGUUCUCCUCACAUACCCUUUGUCACGUUCGUUGGUUCUGACAAACCCGCCACCACAACCUCCGACCACCUUCACUCUCCAGCAAGAAACCUACGAGGGUGAUCCUUAUGCUGACGUGGCAGACGAGGCUGUCCCCACGUUCCACGCGUACGCGAAGUCGGGAACUGUGGCUGGUCCUGUGUGUUAUGUGAACUAUGGAAGAGUGGAGGACUAUUUGACUCUGAAGGAAAAAAAUGGGGUGAAUGUUUCUGGCACUGUUGUGUUGGCAAGGUAUGGGAAGAUAUAUAGAGGGGACAUUGUGAAGAAUGCUUAUGAGGAAGGUGCUGUUGGGGUGGUGAUAUAUUCAGAUCGAAAGGACUAUGGUGGUAGUGGUGAGGAAAAAUGGUUUCCCGAUGCGAAGUGGAUGCCACCAAGUGGUGUUCAGGUGGGGACAGUGUAUGGCGGGUUAGGGGACCCCACAACUCCUGGUUGGGCAAGUAGUGAUGGAGAUUGUGAGAGGUUGAGCAAGGAGGAGGUGGAGAAGAGAGGUGAAGUUCCUCUGAUACCUUCAUUGCCUGUGUCAGCUGCUGAUGGGGAGAAGAUAAUGAUGUCACUUGGUGGACCUGUUGCAGAGGAUGAUUGGCAGGGAAGCAAGGAUGCUCCUGAUUACAGGCUUGGACCAGGACCAGGAAUUCUCAACCUUAGUUACAUGGGGCAGGAUGUUAUAGCCACAAUUCAAAAUGUUAUUGGUGCGAUUGAAGGGGCAGAAGAGCCUGAUAGAUUUGUCAUACUAGGUAACCAUAGGGAUGCAUGGACAUUUGGAGCUGUUGAUCCCAAUAGUGGAACUGCAGCACUACUUGAGGUAGCCCAGAGGCUAGGGAAGCUUCAGAAAAAAGGGUGGAGACCUAGAAGAACAAUUCUAUUAUGCAAUUGGGAUGCUGAGGAAUAUGGCCUUAUAGGAUCAACUGAAUGGGUAGAGGAGAAUAGAGAAAUUCUUGCUUCAAAAGCAGUUGCUUACUUGAAUGCUGACUGUAUAGUUGGUGGACCGGGGUUCAAUGUCCGUGCAACUCCACAGCUUGAUGAAUUGAUCAAAAAAGCAACACAGGAGGUCAAAGACCCUGAUAACUCAUCACAGAGCAUUUAUGAAUCUUGGACAAGUUCUGGUAGUUCUCCCCUGUUUGGGAGGUUAGGGGGUGGAGGAUCAGAUUAUGCUUCUUUCUUGCAACAUGUAGGAAUUCCAGCUGCAGACAUAGCCUUUGGAGGAGAUAUUGCAGGAUACCCAUUAUACCACUCUCUCUAUGAUGACUUCGUCUGGAUGGAAAAAUUCGGGGAUCCUAUGUUUCAAAGGCAUGUUGCAGCUGCAAGUGUUUGGGGUCUAGUGGCACUUUGGUUAGCAGAUGAGGAAUUCCUACCUUUUGAUUAUCUAUCUUAUGCUAAGGAGCUCCAGCUUAGCAUGGAGAUUCUGGAGGAUGAGAUUUCAAAUAAAGACAUAAAUUUGUCACCUAUGUUCAAGUCCAUUAAGGAGCUUGAGAAAGCAGCUAUCAAGAUAAAUGAGCAGAGAAAGGAAAUAGAGGUAAGCAAAAGUUGGAUAACAAGGAAGAAGGACCACUUGAAAGUGAGAGAGCUGAAUGAUAGAUUGAUGAUGGCUGAGCGGGCAUUCACUGACAGAGAUGGUCUUUUUGGAAUCUCAUGGUAUAAACAUCUGAUCUAUGGACCAUCAAAACAUAAUGAUUACGGCUCUCAAUCUUUCCCUGGAAUAGAUGAUGCAGUUAAAAUGGCCAAAAAUACACAUACUGCAGAAUCAUGGCAUCUUGUACAGCACGAAGUUUGGAGAGUCUCUAGAGUCAUUAAACAUGCCUCGCUAGUUCUCGUCGGUCAGCUAACAUGAAUAUAAAUUUACUUGUACAUUUUCAAUUCAUGGGUAUAUUACAUCUCCAUAAGAAUAAAUAUAUGUAUAUACGCAUAAAUCCUCACCUCUCAUUGAUUCGUUUUCAUGGUGUUUGUAAAUAUUACGUUUCUUGAUGUGACCUUGCAAUGAAACGUCCUGUUAUCACUUUUGCAUUCAA